AUGAAGUUAGUGUGUCAAGUUGAAGUGGUUAACAGACAUCACUGUAAUGUAAAUAUAGGUUCAAAUAAGAAAUACUCAAAAUCAACACUAGCAUUAGGAAAGGAACCAAAACGAGACAAAGACUUUUUUCUCAUUCAUUUUUCGUCUGUAAAUAAAAGUGGUAACAAAUAUAAAAUUAAAAACAUGAAACAAGUGUUUGUUAAAUGUUUAAACGAAGGAAAAGCCACGUUAAGAUUUGAGGAGCCACCUCAUGAUUUGUGUAUCAAAAGUGAAGUAAUUCAGCUGAAAUGCUUUUUACGAUUAUUGAAGGCGUGCAUAACUGGAGACAAAGAUUCCCAAUUGAGUAACUUAUCAAACUUAAGUGUUGUUUCAUCAGAUAUUGCACCUGUAAAAAUGACAAUACAAUCCAGAAGUGACAUACCUAUUAAAGGCUUUCCACGGACACUAGAAUACCUGUCCAUGAAUGAUCUAAAACUAUGUAAUUUCCGAAGAGAUAUUUUACUAUUAAGUCACUUGUUGAUCUUAGAUUUAAGUAAUAAUGAAAUAGAAAAAUUGCCUUUAGAAUUUGGUAGAAUGAAAAAUCUAAGGGAAUUGUAUCUUUCAAAGAAUGCUUUAGGGAAAAAUGAUGAUGUAGACUGGAGAUGGCUUUUUGGGCCACAAAUAAUCAAGACAUUGAAGUUACUGGAUAUCAGUGAUAAUAAAAUAAAAUUUAUACCAAAAGCCAUUUGGAAAUUGGAAAAAUUAGUCACAUUGAAAUUAAAUAGUAAUGAAUUAGUUAAGGUACCUGCAACCAUCGGGAGAAUACAAACAUUAAGAUAUCUGGACAUAUCAAAGAAUCAACUGGAAACAUUGCCCUGUAGUUUAAUGCAAUGUCGCUUAGAAAAUUUAGAUUUGUCAUCAAAUAACUUUCAUUUAGUUUCUGAUUUAAGAUACCAAAAUAAUUCAACAAGCAAUGGCUGGGAACUUUAUAUUCACAGCCUUACAAAUUUAGCUUCGAAGGCAGUAUUGAAAAAUAAACUGUUUUACACACCUAACAUUAUACCUUUGACUUUGGUGCAAUUUCUCGAUGACGCUAAAAUGUGCGUUUGUGGAAAUCCUGUUGUAAAUAAUGAAUAUAUUGUUAGAGAAUUUGAUCCCAAGGAUUAUUUUAGAGUUGUUGUUUUUGAUUAUAAUAGAACUGUGAAAUUUGAAUGUUACUUCUGUUCGGCUAAAUGUUAUGUUAAAUAUUGUUAG